CUCAGGUGUUCCCUCCAGACGAUGCACGAGCAGGAGUCGUUGAAGGGACAAUUGUAUAUUAAAAUGUCAGUGGUCGAGGGUGGAAGGGUCACUCACUUCUGGAAGAGCGAUCGAUUCAAUCCCAUUGUCUCUAUGAAAUUCGCACAGGAUCAGGCACAGGUUAUCGCUGAUAAUCCUUACGAAGGAGCUCUCAAGGACGUCAGUUUCGUCGUUAAAUUCGUGUCGAAGAAUAAAAUGGGAAAGAAAACGACUGUUGGACACUUUGUCAUCGGUCCAGAUGUGGGUGGACAGUACGGUGACCAGUGGAAACAGGCGAUGGCCAAGCCUGGACAGCCGAUAACCAAGUGGCAAGCCUUCGAGUGAUUGAGAUAAUUAGAGAGCAGAGCUGAGGUGGACACUGUGUAAAUACUUUAACCGUCCUUGGGGUUCUCUUAUCAAGGUUCCCAAUAUUUCUUUGAUAAGCACAAUUUUGCAGCCGUCCGUUAAUAAUUCAGUGAAAACGUCUGAUAUUACGAGAACUAGUGGCCUGACAGGAGAAAGUGUAGGGAGUUUUUCAAAGGAAAUUCAAUUCUCCAGAGAAAAAGUUCAGUGAAUUUUUCUUCUACAACCCAUAAUUCUCGAGAUAUUCACACAAUUAGAGGAGAGUUUAUUAGCUGUUGUGUAGAAAUGGAAAUUUCUGGUAUUAGUAUUCCGCGAAUAUCUCGGAAAGUAGGGGAUUUCGAGGAGUGCGUCACAGGACCUUUUUUCUAGUUUUUUAAAUUCUAUGCAAAAAA